GAGGUGAGAUACGAAGCAACAGAGGCAGCGUCCUGCACACACACCGACUCCGCCCUGCAUCCCGGGUGAACGAUUGCGGCACCUGGCCCCACAGCGCACUGCACCCGGCGUCUGCGCCACUUCCCGUACGUCUGAUCGCCCCGCCCGCCUGUUCCGGGACUACGGGCGAGUUGCUUCUGGCGAUAGGAUGGCUGGGAGCAUGUUGCAGAGACGUUUGAAAGAGGCUGUUCAGGUGCUGGGCAGUGGCACUUGUCUGUUUUUUGCUUAUUGCACUGCAGUUGGGGAUGAAAAAUUUUACGCUAACCACCUGAUGCCUACACUACAGAGGUUUCUGGAUCCAGAAACAGCACAUACUUUUGCUGUCCGUUUUAUUUCUUGGGGAUUAAUCCCUCAUUCAAAAUGCAAGGAUUCUUCUGCCCUGGAGGUAAAUGUAUUUGGCCAAAAAUUCAAGAACCCAGUUGGAAUUGCUGCAGGGUUUGACAAACAUGCGGAGGCAGUGGAUGGCCUCUACAAGAUGGGGUUUGGAUUUGUGGAGGUGGGAACUGUCACACCACAACCCCAGGAUGGUAAUCCCAGACCCAGGGUCUUCAGACUGGACACAGAUCAGGCUGUCAUCAACAGAUAUGGCUUUAAUAGUCAUGGGCUUGCUGUUGUCCAGAGAAGGCUUCAGGCUCGGUCAGAAAUUCAGGCGCAGCUUACGAAAGGGGGGAGACCUUUGGGUAUAAAUCUCGGAAAGAACAAGCUCUCUAGGGAUGCUGCAUCUGACUAUGUGGAAGGAGUCCGAGAGCUGGGCCCAUUAGCUGACUACCUGGUUGUGAAUGUGUCCAGUCCCAACACCCCAGGUUUAAGAGCGCUUCAGGGCAAGGAGGAGCUCCGCAGCCUGUUGGAAAAGGUAAUGAAGGAAAGGGAUCACCUGAAAGUCAAUCGGAAACCAGCUGUACUUCUGAAAAUUGCUCCAGACCUGACAGCUGAAGAUAAAAAAGAUAUUGCCCGUGUCGUAACAGAGCUGGGGGUUGAUGGUCUUAUUGUGACGAACACGACAGUCAGUAGACCGCAGACUCUUCAGGACCCAUUACAGACUCAGGGUGGUGGCUUAAGUGGAGCACCACUCAAGGAAAUGUCUACAAAAACUGUGAAUGAGAUGUAUUCCCUAACCAAAGGAAGAGUUCCUAUUAUUGGGGUGGGCGGAAUUAGUAGCGGAGCUGACGUCCUUGAGAAGAUACGGGCAGGAGCAACUUUGAUCCAGUUGUACACGGCCUUUACAUAUCAAGGGCCUCCUGUGGUAGCCAAAAUCAAACGUGAAUUAGAACAACUGUUAAAGGAACAAGGAUUUUCCAGUGUUGCUGAAGCAGUGGGUGCAGAUCACAGGCCUGGAGGAUCACAGGUGCCAGCAGUCACAAUGGAUAACAUUCAAGGAGCAUCUGUUGCUGCAAUCGAGGCAGCCACUGCAUAGAAAUACCAGACAGAAGAGCAGUCACAAUGUGGUCAAAGCAAUUAGUCACCUCUACAACUGGUGCUCAAGUUGAUGGACAGUUGGAAUGAGAAGACCUAUUGACUUCUCAGCAGCAUCAAGAUGGGCUGUUGGUGAACCCUGAGGACACAGUCUUUGAACCAAUUAAUGCCUGAACAAAACAAUCAGUGCAAGGACUUAUAAAUGUACAAGUAGAUCGGCUCUUUCAAAAGUACAUUGACUACAUAAUGUUGUAUUCCUCUCUCAUCGAACAGAGGUGGUAAAGACAUUUGUACUUUUAUUUGUACCAUAAUUGCAUAAAUAAAUCAAUUGAGAUAUAUCACACUACAGUUACAUACAUAAGUGUAUCAGAAUACACUUGACUAUAAAGGAUAUAGGAGUCCACUUAAGGAAAUCAGGAGUGGAAAAAGGGGACAUGAGAUAUCCUUGGCAGAUAAGGAGUGUCCUAAGAGAUUCUCCAAGUAUAUUAAGAGCAGAAGGGUAACUACGGAGAGAAUAGAUCUCCUUAAGGAAAAGUGUGGUCACCUGUGUGUGGAGCCACGGGAGAUGGGUAAGGUCUUAAAUGAAUAUUUCCCAUAUGUAUUUACUGUGGAGAAGGUGAUAUAAGCCAGUGCAUUUGGGAAAGAGAACAGUGAUGUCCUGAAACAUAUCAACAUUACAAAAGAGGAGGUGCUGGUGAUAUUGAGGCACAUCAAGGUAGAUAAAUCUCCAGGCACAGACCAGGUGUAUCCUAGGAUGUUGUCAGAAUCCAGGAAAUAAAUUGCUGGGGCCCUGGCAGAAAUUUUUAUAUCCUUAGUAAGGUAUCAGAAGACCAGAGGGUGGCUAAUGUUUCACCUUAGUUAAAAAGGGCUGCAAGAACAAGCCAGGGAACUACAGGCUGGUGAGCCUAACACGGUGGUGGGAAAGUGACUGGAGGGGAUUCUGAGGGAUAGGAUCUACCUGCAUUUGGAAAGGCAAGAACUGAUUAGGGAUAGUCAACAUGGCUUUGUGUGUGAGAAACUGUAUUUCACAAACUUAAUCGAGUCUUUUGAAGAGGUGAUCAAAAGGAUUGAGGAGGGCAGGGCAGUAGACUUUGCAUGGACUUUAUCGAGGUUUUUGACAUGGUCCUGCAUGAUAGGCUGGUCUGGAAGGUUAGAUCACAUAGGAUCCAGGAUGAGCUAGCCAAUUGGAUAAAAAUUGGCUUAGUGAAGGAGUCAGAGGGUGGUGAAGUGUUUUUCUUCAGUGGGAGGCAUGUGACCAGUGAUGUACCACAGGGAUCAAUGUUGGGUCCACUAUUACUUGUCAUGUAUAUUAAUGAUUUAAUAAGAAUAUAGGUGGGAUAAUUGGUAAGUUUGUGGAUGAUACCAAAAUUGGUGGUGUGGUGGAUAAUAAAUAAGGUUGUCUAAGGUUACAAUGGGAUCUAAAUCAACUGGGGAAGUGGGCCAAGUGCAAAGUGUUCCAGUUUGGGUAGUUAAAUCAGGGCAGGGCAAACACAGUGAACGACAGCCCCUGGGGGGUGUUGUAGAACAGAGAGAUCUAGUGGUACAAGUACAUAUUUGCCUGAAAGAGAUGACACAGAUAGACAAGGUGAAGAAGAUGGCAAGUGGUAUACUUGCCUUCAGACACGGCAAUGAGUACAAGAGUUGGGACGUCACAUUACAACUGUAUAAGAUGUUGAGUCCUCAGCUGGAGUAGCAUGUGCAGAAGGAUGUGAUUGAGAUGGAGGGUGCAGAAAAGAUUCACAAAGACGUUGCCAGGACUGAAGGGCUUGACGUAUAAGGAGAGACUGGAUAGGCUGGGACUUCACUUCCCUGGAGUGAAGGAGGCUGAGGGGUGACCUUGUAAAGCUUUAUAAAAUCAUGAGGGGCAUAGAUAAGAUGGAUGGUCACAGUCUUUUUCCCAGGGUAGGGGAGGCUUAAACCAGAGGGCAUAGGUUUAAGGUGAGAAGGGAAAGAUUUAAAGUGGACCUGAAAGGCAAACUUUUCACACUGAGAGCGGUGAGUAUAUGGAAUGAGCUGCCAGAAGAAGUGGUAGAGGUAGAUGCAAUUACAAUGUUAAAAGACAUUUGGACAGGUACAUGGAUAGGAAAGUUUUUGGAGGGAUAUGGGCCUCAUGCAGGUAACUGGGACUAGCUCAGGAAAAUGCCUUGGCUGGCAUGGACGAGUUGGGCCAAAAGACUGUAUAACUCGAUGACUAUGAGAAUAACUUCAGAGAUUGGUGAAGUUGAGAGAGGUUGACAGCAUGGAUGUGGUGGUUUGAAGGGUCUGUAAAAAGCUGCAUGUUUUGGGGGAUAGUAUUACUGGUGAUAGGGUACCUGAAUGGCCUUCUCAACGUCCAAAGAUGCCCUCUUACCACAUAGCACGUGCCUGCUCGUCCAGCUGAAAGUGUGAUGGCAGUAGUACCUGUAGUCAUUUGCCUGAUAAAUAUUCAACACCUUCCUACUCCUGCAAAUCUGGUGGAGUUAUUGUUACAGAAUUACAGCAGAUGCAUUUCAGGGGUUAUGCGAAGAUUGCAUCAUGAGGGUUUUUGAGUCCAAUAUUUCAUUGCCUAUUCUGUUUAGAUGGUCUUGCCUUUCCUGUUAACCAAUACACUGGCAGGGAUUAACCCGAAAGCAUUUCAACCACCAGAUCCCUUCCCCAUCUAGUUCCAUCUGUCCUCAUCUCUCAUGUGGUUUCCACUAUCACCUUCCUUGCUUAUUAGGUUCCAGCACUAGUAGCCCUUUGUGUUCCUGCUCAUCACCCCCCAGUGGCUGUUUCCACCUCCACCCUUCCGUCCCCCCACCUGGCUCUAUUUGCCCUUUUCCUUGUCUGCUUCCACCUAUCACCCACCUGCCUCUGUCUCCCAACUCUAGCCCUCCCACUCUGGCUUCAUCUGCCCAUCCUUCAUCCCUCCUCAGUCCACCUGUCACCUACCAGUCCCUGUCUCAAACCCUCCCCCUCUAUUUUGUGCUGGCUAUCUUCCCUCUCCAAACUCAGUCCUGAUACAGGAUCUCGACCCAAAACCUCGACAAUUCCUCCUCCUCCCCUUCUCCGACACAUGCUGCUUGAUAUUGCUGAGUUCCUCCAGCAGUUAUUAUGUCUUUUAACCCGAAGGCCUCUCAUUCCAUAAUUCAUUGUUCUUGCAGGCAGAUCAUAAUUUCAUUGUGUAUAACCCAGUAAAAUGGAGGCAUUUUUUCACUGGAUAGAUUGUCUCCAGAGAUGGAGCCAGAGAGAUCAGAAAGGGGAUCGAGUCCUCAGAAAUGGUCCAAGUGAAUUUGAGGGCAGGGUGGAAGUUAGUAGUGAAGAUAAAAAAAUUGAUGAGUUCUGCACAGGUGCAGGACUGUGUCAGCAAUGCCUAUUUGGAGGCCAUACUCCAGUGAAAGUUCUCCAUUAGCUUCAAGUGGUUGAAUGUGUUCAUCAGUGAGAGAAGCAUCCCAGCUGUGCUGUCAAAGUAAUUAUCAUGCACAUGCAGGUUAGCUGCUGGUUGGUUUCUUCAGGCUAUUACUACAAUUCUACCAGAUUACUGCACAAACUAGGUCUGCGUGCCCUCACCCCUCAGUGUGCAUCAAGACUGGGAGAUUGAGCAGAGGUAACAAAAAUUGUUGGGAUAGAAGGGGAAGGGGAGGAUUUAUUUUUUCUGCUUCCCUCUCACUAGAGCUUGACUUUCUUCUAUUGAGCAAUUGAAAAGCAAAUUGCAUUCAGAAUAAAAUUCUUUUUAAAUGCUGAAAUAUCCCUUCCUUUUCUUUUGGGUGUUGGGUAUCUCAGGAGAUAAAAGAACUUACUGUACCUUUGGAACCCAUGUUCAAAUUCAGCUAAUGCUGAAGCCAUGCCCAAUAGCAAAGGUUAGUUAAAAAUAUCACCAGACAUAGAGACAGAGCUUUACUGAGGUUACAGUUGACAAAUGGUGUAACAGGAGCUGUGUUUUGCAAUAUCAUGUACUCUGGUUGAA